CCCAAUUACCCAAACCCAAAAUAUUUGAUUAUAAUCUUCACUCUCCACACGCUUGUUGCAGAGCAAAACCUUUAGAGACAAGAAACAAAGAGUGAACAGAGAGUUGAAAAAAAAAAAAAAGACUAGUUUUGUUGAUUGAUCAUAAUAUAAGUAUGAAAGGGAAAGCCAAAAGAUCGAAAGUGAAGUUGGGGGUUCCUGUUCUGGUAAUGGUUUGCUCCCUUUUCUUCUUUACUGGGCUCUUUGUAUCUCCUAUGCUCUUCAACUUUCAGGAUUUUGGUGACGUGGGACAGGGGCAACCGUGGUCGAGAUUGCUUCAGGAAUCUGCUGCCAAAGAAUAUGGCAAGUCUGGAGACCCCUUUCUUCAUUCAAUCUCAUUUCAGAUUUUGAGUUGGCGACCAAGGAUAGUUUACUUUCCGAAUUUCACAACUGCAGAUGUAUGCGAAAAAAUAAUUGAAAUGGCAAAGCCUAAAUUGGAACCCUCUAAAUUGGCAUUGAGGGAAGGAGAAACUGUUGAGAGCACAAAAGGCACUCGAACAAGUUCAGGUGCAUUCAUCUCUGCAUCAGAAGACAAAUCUGGUAUCUUAGACUUCAUUGAAAAGAAAAUUGCUAAGGUUACAAUGAUACCAACGAGUCAUGGAGAAGCAUUCAAUAUACUGAGAUAUGAGGUUCUUCAGAAAUAUGAUACUCAUUAUGAUGCCUUCGACCCAUUUGAAUAUGGAAAUGUUCGGAGCCAAAGGAUUGCUUCGUUUUUACUAUACCUAUCAACUGUAGAAGCAGGAGGAGAAACCAUGUUCCCUUUUGAGGAUGGUUUGAACAUGGACAUUGGUUAUGAUUAUAAACAAUGCAUUGGUUUGAAGGUGAAGCCAAGACAAGGUGACGGGCUUUUAUUCUAUUCAGUUCUUCCAGAUGGGAACAUUGAUAAGACUUCUCUUCAUGGAAGCUGUCCAGUGAUUGAGGGGGAGAAAUGGGUGGCAACUAAGUGGAUCAAUGAUAAAAAGCAACACUACUAAAUGUUCUUACUCCCAAAUUUUCAAUUUUCUCUAUCAAAUUCAUCCAUAUGCAGAUAUAUAUGAUGCCUCUUGGAUACAAAUUUUACUCUUGUUAAUAAUUCUAUUGUAAGUUGUAAUUUAUUGAUCAAAUUUCCAUUCUAGUUUUUUUUAGUAUAACAUAUCUGCUGCAUCUCUAAACUAA